GAUCUUUGUGACCCAACUGAAAAGCCCAUGUUUAACAGUAAUUAAUGAGCUCGGCCGAGGGGUUAUCCCUUUCUGCAAUUCACACACAGUGGAGGAGAGAGAGAGAGAGAGAGAUUGAUGGAGGAAGAGGAGCACGAGGUGUACGGCGCAGAAAUUCCCGACGAAGGAGAAAUGGACGCCGACGUCGAAAUGCCCGGAGCUGAAGAAGACGCCGCCUCCAAGGAAUUGGAUGAGAUGAAGAAGCGAUUGAAGGAGAUGGAGGAGGAAGCGGCGGCGCUCCGUGAAAUGCAGGCGAAGGUUGAGAAGGAGAUGGGCGCCGCUCAAGACCCUGCUAGUGCUGCUGCUUCUGCGGCCAGCAAGGAGGAGGUGGAUUCACGGUCGGUCUAUGUUGGAAAUGUGGAUUAUGCAUGUACUCCUGAGGAAGUUCAGCAGCAUUUUCAAUCGUGCGGAACGGUAAACCGAGUGACAAUUUUGACCGAUAAAUUUGGGCAGCCAAAGGGUUUUGCAUACGUUGAAUUUCUUGAACAAGAAGCUAUUCAAGAAGCCCUGCAACUGAACGAGUCUGAGCUACAUGGACGCCAAUUAAAGGUUAUGGCAAAAAGGACUAAUGUUCCUGGAAUGAAACAGUUUCGCGGAAGACGAUUUAACCCUUACCUUUCAUAUGGAUUUAGGAGGCCUUAUGUACCCCCUUAUUUCUAUUCUCCGUAUGGUUACGGCAAGGCACCAAGGUUCAGGCGUCCAGGCCGCUACAUGCCGUAUUACUGAUAUAUUAAAUGCAAUUUGGUUCGUCACAGAUGCAGGCUUCAAUCUAUUAUUGCUUCGUUAAUAUAAUAUAAUAUAUAUAAUUCGUGUGUCGUUAAGCAGUUAACGACCAGAUAAGUUUGUUUUAGGUAUUGUGACGAUUCAUGCCAUUCCAUGGCGUAACUGUAUUGUUAUUAUUGUUAUUGUUAUUAUCUUUUUAAGUAGACGAAGUUUUUAUUA